UUCCUUCGUUCGUUGUCUUCGUCUCGUUUUUGGCGUGCGUUUCUUUGACGUCUUGGUGACUUUGGUUUGAAAUUUUUUAUCAAGAUGAAAUACAUCUUAGUGACUGGAGGAGUUAUCAGUGGAGUCGGCAAAGGAGUAAUUGCCAGUUCUUUUGGUACAAUAUUAAAAAGUUGUGGCAUUCAAGUCACAUCUAUAAAGAUAGAUCCUUACAUCAACAUUGACGCAGGCACGUUUUCGCCGUAUGAGCAUGGUGAAGUUUAUGUACUCGACGAUGGAGGAGAAGUUGAUCUGGACCUUGGUAACUACGAGAGGUUUCUGGAUGUUACCCUGCACAAGGACAACAACAUCACGACUGGCAAGAUCUACCAAUCUGUCAUCACCAAGGAACGCAAGGGAGAUUACCUUGGCAAGACUGUCCAAGUGGUGCCACACAUCACAGAUGCUAUUCAAGAGUGGGUGGAGCGAGUGGCCAAUCAGUCCGUGUCUCAGGAUGGUGCUAAACCUCAGGUGUGCAUCGUAGAAUUGGGUGGCACCAUUGGAGACAUAGAAGGGAUGCCAUUUGUUGAGGCUUUUCGACAAUUCCAGUUCAGAGUUAAGCGAGAAAACUUUUGCUGCGCCCACGUCUCUCUUGUUCCUCAGCCCCGAUCCACAGGAGAAGCAAAGACCAAACCUACCCAGUCUAGUGUGAGAGAACUACGCGGACUAGGUUUGUCCCCCGACCUGGUCGUCUGCCGCAGCGAGAAACCAAUCAACCAAGACGUCAAAGAUAAAAUAUCUAACUUUUGCCACGUCCCCCCAGAACAGGUGGUGUGUAUCCAUGAUCUGUCAUCCAUUUACCGAGUACCAGUCCUCAUGGAGAAGCAGGGAAUGGUGGAAUUCUUCGUGGAAAGACUUCAGCUCAAUGUACAGAUGCCGAGGCCUAGGAAACUUAUCAACAAAUGGAGGGAUCUUGCGGACAGGGUGGACUCACUACGACGAGAUGUGAAGAUCAGUUUGGUCGGAAAGUACACCAAGCUGGAAGACUCGUACGCUUCUGUCACCAAAGCACUACAGCAUGCAGCCAUUGAUGUUGGCUACAAUCUGAAGAUAUCGUACAUAGAGGCGGCAGAUCUAGAAGAUAGUACAAACCAUUCAAAUCCUGUCCAGUACCAUGAAGCCUGGCAACAGCUUUGUAAGAGCGAUGGAGUGAUUGUGCCAGGAGGAUUCGGCAAACGAGGCAUGGAAGGAAAGUUGGCUGCUUGUGCUUGGUGUCGUAAAACCAAAAAACCAUUCCUCGGAGUAUGCCUUGGACUACAAGCAGCUGUCAUUGAAUUCUCAAGGAAUAUCCUGAAGCUAGAGAACGCUAACUCCACAGAGAUAGAUCCGGAGACAAAACACCCAGUGGUCAUAGACAUGCCAGAACACACCCAGGGGGACAUGGGAGGAACUAUGCGGCUGGGCAAGCGGAAGACCAUCUUCUGUGACAAACCUCAGUUCACCUCCAAGAUCAGACAACUAUAUAGCAACAAGGAGUACAUUGAAGAGAGACAUCGACACAGGUAUGAAGUCAACAAGGACUACGUAGAACAAUUGGAGGCUGCAGGGCUCAAGUUUGUUGGCACGGACGAGGUGGGUGAGAGAAUGGAGAUUCUAGAGUUGGAGGAUCACCCGUACUACGUAGCCACCCAGUACCACCCGGAGUAUCUGUCCCGGCCUCUCAAACCAUCCCCACCCUUCCUAGGACUGAUCCUGGCGUCUGUGGGGCGACUCAACACCUUCCUCACUAAGGGCUGCAAAUUGUCACCUCGUGAGAGCGACAACGACUCAGACUACAUUGACUCAGAUAUGGAAAGCAACGCCUCCAAAAUAACCAACGGAGACGAGGUUAAGUCAUCGGAAGGCCAAAGUGCCUCCUCAUCUGAAUGAGUGUAAACAGUUAGUUCACAGCUACUGGUGAGUUUACAAACGUGCACCAGCUUAUUCUUCUCUCUCACUUUAGUAUUAAGUGGUAUCUAAACCUUUAGGACAAUUUUUCCUAGCUAAUUUUUUCAAUAUCCUACUUGUUAAGGAUAACUAUCUAGGCCGAUGUACUUUAUCCAAAGUAUAUGCGUUGUUCUAUAGAUCAACUUUAGACACAGGUAAACAUGAGGUGUUUUUUUGAACACAUAUCGCAUAAGCAAUGCAUUGCGAUAUAAGCUUGUCACUUUUGAGUUUUUAUUAGGGUGGACAAGAGGGUGUUAAAGAUAUCGCUAAAUAAAUUUUAUUUUUGUAUAUUAUCAUGUAUUUGAUAAGUGUGAUACUGACUAGAUUUCAAUUAUACUUUGGAUUGUUGUAAAAAGUAGGACAAGUGUUACAUUUCCAUGAUACAGUUAGAACAAAAGAGGUUUAGAUAGAAAAUAAACUGGAGGUUAUGUACACAGAUUUGUACUAGUUUUGUAAUUUUAUUUUUGUAGAUAUUUUAUCUCGGAUUUUUGUUCUUUGUUUACGGUUUAAGGUACAUAACCUACAACAAUUGUGUAACAUCUACCGGUAAUUGUGUUAAUUAGGAAAUGAGAAUUUUAUUUGUAGGACGUAACUAUUGCCAUAAUAGCAGAGUACAGAAUUGUAUAAUUUUGAUAUAGAUAAGUAUAAAAUGAAAAUAUACAUUGAAAUGUUAACUAUCGUAACAUAAUAAAUAAAAAUAUAUUUUGUUUAAUGGAAUGGCAUUCCAUGGGUUGUAUUUUAGUUAAACUUACAUAGUCAUAUAAUUUGUUGUGAUAUUGAGUAACUUUUAAGUUCGCCUUAUAGGAAACGACUCAAGUAGGUUCUAACUAGGGGUCUGUGGUACAGAAAAUUUAAGGACAGUACGGUUUGGUAAGGUACGAAAUACCUCGGUUCUUGGUACAAAAUUGAUACAGUAUGCGGCUACCAGUAUUUUUGCCGUUUUCUUCUUUGGACUGUAUUUAAACCAUUAUUUAAAAUCUUAAUACAUUAACAUUACUAUGAAAAUGGAUGGGGAGCGAGCUGGCGUAGUGGUUAGAGCGCGGGACUUCAGUCCCUGAGGUCCUGGGUUCGAUCCCCGCCAAGUCACCAAUGGAUUUGAUCUAAGUGAUAAUGCCGCAACCCCUAGGUCUAGCCUGAAGUUAAGUGAAAAACAAUCCCAGGCUCGUGCCUAGCGUCCUUAGGACAAAAAAAAAAAAAAAAGAAAAAACUAUGAAAAUGGAUAUUAUCUUGCAUUCUUCUUUUUCUAACAACAAUUACAGUACUAUACAUUAUUUAAACAUUUUACUCCUGACAGGAUUGUGUCAAUAAAGGAACACAGUUAGGAUCAAGGCUUACUACUAAGAUAAGUCAUAGCCAUGAUAUAUUGGUUUCAAAAUUAGGUUAUGAAUUUUUAGAAAUAAACAUGUUUGAGGCAACAAUUUGACAAGACAAGACAGCUGGUAACUUUUUUUCUAACACAAUAAACUUGGUGUUUAAUUUAAACUUUUAAAAACAUAUCAAUGCAUUCAGCACAAAGACAGUUGUAUAAGCAAAUGUGCCAGCUAUGCACAUUCAAACAGACGACAUAAUGAAAGACUGGAGGUUAUGAAUUAUGAUGAAGUAAAUGCAAAGAGGAAAAAUGUCAAACAUCCAAACUUAUAUUAUUAUAAUAUUCAUUGCAAAUGUUUGACAAUUUCUACACUAACAUAGUUCCGUUUAUAAAAAAAGAGUGUUAUUAAUUGUAGCAAAAUCUUAUAUCCGAACUUAAUACACUAUAAUUCCAUGUAAAGAGAAUUAUAACAGAUGGGAUUGUGACGUAUCAGACACUGCUUCCUGAAGAGUAAUCUAUGCUAAAGUGCAGUUCUAACCUCGGGCAGCUGACUUUGUCGGCUGCUAGGUUACUGUGUUUUGCACUCUACAAAUUGAUCGGGUCCCUGUUUCUCAUUAUAUUUAUCGGUUAAAUGUUUGACAAUGACUUAAUUCACAUAUAAACUAAAAGCACACAAAAGAACAAGGGAAUAUAACGAAAUAACAUACCUACAUAAUAAUACUGGAAUGUAUUUAUAAUUAAUAUUCCUUUGAUAAGCCAUUUAAACAACUCUUGCUUACAUCGUCUGCUCACGUUGUGUGACAACUACGUAAAUCAUUGUGCAAUCUGGCGUGUCUCAUUACUCUCAUUAGUUUUACCGUUUGACUUGAGAAAAGUAAUUUUUCACUACGAUAGUGAAUUUAAAGCAAUUAAUUACUAUAGGCUAUACUGGACCAAUGGAGGUAAUUAGGCUAGAACUGUACCGUACCGACUUUUUCGGUGAACUGCAGACCCCUAGUUCUUACAUAUUUUAUCCACCUUGGAAACCCCUCUGCCUUUGUAUGUUGUCAUAAUUUUCAAAUCAAUUUUUAAUGAAAUACUAUACAUAAUAUUAGAAUCAUAUUUAAAAAGGUAGUAUUAAGAUUUUUUACGUUUGAAUUUUUGGGUUAAAAUAAAUUUAUUACUAGUAUAUUUGUACCAAAAUUACUUGGGUUCCUAGAUAUGUGAUGAAUCGUCAAGUUAAUAUACACAGCAGCGAAGGGUAGUUUGGUAUGUGUCUAUAAUUUGUGGAAUGUUAGUCAUGUAUUCCUCUUUUUCUUAUUUGACAUUGUUAGUUAUAUUUCCAUUUUGUAUUAUUGUGUUUGUCAUAUUGUAGUUAUUCUGACUUAAAGUGAUUGAAUGUUUUCAUUCUUAUUCAUAAAGGUGUCCUUCAAUUGCGUGAUAAAAAAUAAUUAAAGUUUUUUAAAAAAGAAUGGUGUAGGUUUCGUUGUUUUGCAAAUUUUAUAAUCCUUUUUUUGAAUACUUUUUUGCCCCAAUCGUGGGCCCCCGUGAGGUUGCAACGUUCCCAUGUCCCCAAUUAGUACUUAUCACUGGUUCUUACGUUGAUUUAAUUUUGAAAUCACACACUUUAAUUAACACCCUUAAUCUUCUUAUCAAACUAUUUUGAUCAUCUGAAUGGCAUAGUAAUGCUUGAGCCCUCUUUUAUAAUUUUUUUCCUCAUGUUCUCAAGGCUUGCUUUUACAAUGGUGUAAUUUUUAAUUUUUCUAUUCAAGCCAUGCUCAGGCAAAUCUUUUUCCAAGUUAUCAAGCUUCAACACAUUUUGAGCCAACUUUUGGAAGUUUUUACCAAAUUUAAGGUUGAAAAUAACAUGAAUAAGUGAAUAAAUAUUGUUUAUUUCCGAUAUCACAAAACAAUAUACAAUCAUAAUAAUUUUAGAGAAAUUUAAAGUUAAACAUAUACAAAGUUAGUAUAAUAAAUAAUUUUACAUUAUUUUUAUAAAUUACAAUUUUGGUAAUCUACAAGCCAGUUGUGUUCUUUCAUUUUAAAUUAUAUUGUUUAUAUGUAGUGUGUGGUUUAAGUUGAUUCUCUAGUUUUUAAAUGUUAAGGAUUUCAUUGCUUGAGUCAAGAACCCUUAAACUAAAUAACUGUACAAACGUGGUCAUGGUAGAGAUCUUUGUAAAAUCACGUCCAACAGCAUGCAAAAUACAGGGUGUCUCAUAAAUGAAAAUUUAUUUUACAAAGAUUACAACCAUUUUGUAAAAAUAAUUGAUGAUCAUGUCAACAAGUUCUUCAACAGUUAAGCCUGGUUUACACGGGUCGAGUAUUUCAGACGAGUUAUUCGGCCCAGUUACUAGGCCCAGUUGUUGAUUUGUUCAACUCCGCCCGGUACUUUACUAGACUGUCUACACGCAUUCCUAUUUCGAACAGCGACAGUGUAGGCACAGAGAAGUAAUUUUAUAAUUUCUCUGUGUACUGUGGUGUAGGGUAUUCCGUAUACCGUAGCUUUCGUGUUAAAUGUUUGAGUUUAAAAUUGGACUUGAAGAGUUUAAUGCUGAAUUUAUAAAUUAAUUAAAUCACUGAAUUAGAUUAUUAGAAUUAAAACUGAAUCACCCAUUAAAUUCAGGGGUUGCUUAAAAGUUUUUUUUUGCAAAUAAGAUAGACCAAAGUGGAAGGUGGUAUUCUAAAUAAGAAUAAGAUUUGUUACAAAUUACUAUAAGUUGCCUCCAAAUAAAAAAAAUUUUAAAACACACAAAUUUUAAUAUAUUUUUGAUAGAAAACAUUUUUAGGGAGUGAGCUUUUUAACAACCCAUUGAUUAAUAAAAUCGUUCCAGUAGAACUUAAGUUGUACAACAAUUUUGAAAACUAAAUUUCAUAAGAGUGAGUAGAUUUACGAACAGCAAGACAAUGCAACACAGGGUCAACUGUUCUACUGAACCAUUGAGUAUUGAGGGUGAUUUGAUUAGGCAUACACUACUGAACUAACCCCAAAAAUACUGAUCGUUGUGAUCGACUCAUUGUCAGCGACCACAAAAUAAAAAAAAAUAUUUUUAUUCUGUGGUCACUUGAUAGCAGUAAACAGGUGUUUUGCGGGCAAAUCGUGGUGGUGGGGGUAGCUACUGGGCCGAGCAACUCGGUUUUCAACUAAAUCACUCGACUCGCUCUCAACUGACCUUUUUUUAUCAACUCGCCCGUUGCUCGACUCGCCUGCAUGUCUUCACCAAGCGAGUUAAAGAGCGAGUGGCAACUCGCACACUGACUCGCCCGCCGUACUCGACCCGUGUAAACCAGGCUUAAGUGCAAAGGUUUUAUUUUAUACCGUAACAUGAAUUCUAAAAUUAUUUAUUUGUUCCAAAAUAAUUUGUUUUCACAUCAUAAGUUGUUUGGAUAUGAACGGUGCUUAAAUAACUUGGAAAACUCAACUCAACUAAAUUUUGGAUCAGCAUGAUUUUGGGUUGGCAGAAUUAUUACAUACAUUUUAAACUUUUACAUACUCGUGUAUUUUAUUUUUCAAUGCAUAUUUAUACUAAUGGAACAUGUGUUUAGUAUUACACCUUCUAUGCAAGUUUUGAAUAGCUUAAUGUAAUAAUUAAUAUAUUAUACUCCUAGCCCUUCAAGAGGAAAUAAAUAUGUUUUGAUAUUGCUUUGAUUGUGCCAAUUUCUAAGUCAAUUACGAAUGAUCUUAAAAUACAUUAGGAAGUGUUUUUUUGCCAGUUAUAUGCAUAAUAUGAUUUCAUGUUCGUAAUAUAGUUUUGUGAAUUAGGUUAUGUUAAUUAUAAAAUUAAUAAAACUAUAAAUUUGUUAAAAAGAA